GAUAAAACGCCCCUCUCACUGCUAGGCGUCGUCCCAAUUUCCCGGCGGCGCCUCUGCUUCGGCAAUUGAACCCGGCACAAUACGAUGUCGUUUCUCCGUCUCUGCCACCUGCGUUGUACAACCUUUAUCACCCGUCUUAUUGCCUCACCAUUCUCCACCGCCACAAGCCGCAAAGUCCCACUCCUCUACAAGCCCGACACUGCCACCGACCAAAACGACGCCGUCGCCACCAAAACGACAACCCUCCAGCUUCUCUCGUGGGGCCGAGGCUCCUCCGGCCAGCUCGGCGGCGGAAUCGAGGAAAUCCGGCUCUACCCGACCCCACUCGCCAACCUCCUCGUACCCUCUUCCUCCUUCGCUCUCUCCCCCACCCCAGGUCGAAUUUCACUGCCCAGAAGCUCAAAAAACGAUGUUAAUGGCGAUUCCGGGAGUUUAACGGAGGUGGGUAUUUCUUGUGGGCUCUUCCACUCUUCGUUGGUCGUUGAUGGUAAGCUCUGGAUUUGGGGCAAAGGCGACGGAGGAAGACUAGGCUUUGGCCACGAGAAUUCUGCGUUUGUGCCGACAUUGAAUCCACAUUUGGAUUCGGUGAAGUCCGUGGCUCUCGGUGGGCUCCACUCGGCUGUGCUCACUUCCCAAGGCGAUGUCUUCACCUGGGGUUAUGGUGGUUUUGGUGCACUUGGGCACUCUGUUUAUCACAGAGAGCUGUUUCCUAGAUUGGUGGAAGGUUCAUGGAGUGGGAAAAUAGGACAUAUCGCAACUAGUGGCACGCAUACUGCUGCCAUUACAGAAUCAGGCAAACUUUAUACUUGGGGUCGAGAUGAAGGGGAUGGUAGAUUGGGACUUGGUCCUGGCCGUGGCCCAAAUGAGGGUGGUGGACUUAGCAUUCCUUCCCAAGUGAAAGCAUUACCUGUGCCUGUGGCUGCUGUUUCUUGUGGGGGCUUUUUCACCGUGGCAUUAACCGUGGAUGGAAAAAUUUGGAACUGGGGAGUAUGUCGGCAAGGAAUGCCAACUUUGCAAGUGUUUCUUGAAGUUUCUAUUUGCAGCCUUGAAGAUACUUCUAGAAUAUGUUUAGAUAAGGUUUCUAGCACAAAUUGGAUAAGGUCUCUAGAUUAA